GGCGGGCUCUCUCCUCACGUGCUCCCCCAGCUCGGCUCUUAACACUGGGCUCACGCCGCAGGGGGAUGGAGACGGCUCCCUGCUUCUGAGCUCUGGGGGCGGCCGCUUGGCCCCUGCCCCCCUCCCACCUCCCCUCACCUGCUCCUCAGACCCCAGCCUCCCCAUCCCCAUCCAGCCUGGGAGGGAGACAGCAGAGGCAGCGACCCCCUCUGCAGCCCUCUCCUUCCUUCGCUGGCUGGCCCCCACCCCGGCCUCCCGGUCCCCCGGCCGGGCAUCUCCGCCUUGUCCUCAGCCCCCAGACCUGGGGAGAUUAUGAGGGAAGGAUGAGUCGGAUGCUCCGCCGGGUGUUGGUGCCUUUCGUCGUUUUCUCCGCUCUCUUCCCACAGCCUGGUCUUGGUGGGGUGGCUGGGCCAACAGGAGCCCUGCAGUGGGGGAAGCAGCCCUGGGACAGGGGGCUGCAUACUUCUGAGGUCACCCAUCCCAGCCGCCUGGUGGGGGAGAGCUCUGGGAGAGAGAUCAGCAAGCAAGAGCUGGACACCAGAGCGAGAAAGGAGCCACCUGGGGGCCCGCCUGUCCACCUGGCCCAGGUGAGCUUCCUCAUUCCUGCCUUUGGUCUGAAUUUCACCUUGGAUCUGGAGCUGAACCACCACCUCCUGGCUUCACAGUACGUUGAACGGCAUUUCAGCAGAGAUGGGAUCACCCAGCACAGCACGGGGGCAGGAGACCAUUGCUAUUACCAGGGAAAGCUCCGGGGUAACCCGGAGUCCUUUGCUGCCAUCUCUACCUGCCAAGGACUACAUGGAGUUUUCUCUGAUGGAAAUUUCACUUAUACCGUUGAGCCACAAGGAGAAACUUCCCAGGGGCCUCUCCCCCACCUCAUUCACCGGACCUCUCUUCUCCCAAUCCCUGGAUGCCGAGAACCAGGUUGUCUGUUUGCUGCCCCCUCACUUCCAGUUCCCCCGGCCCUGCCCAGGCUGAGAAGGAAAAGGCAGGUCCGGCGUGGCCACUCCACUGUCCACAGCGAGACCAAAUAUGUGGAACUCAUCGUGAUCAAUGACCACCAGCUGUUUGAGCAGCUGCGUCAGUCUGUCGUACUUACCAGCAACUUUGCCAAAUCUGUGGUGAACCUGGCUGAUGUGCUGUACAAGGAUCAGCUGAACACUCGAAUUGUGCUGGUUGCUAUGGAAACAUGGGCAGGAGGUGACAAGAUCCAGGUACAAGAUGACCCUCUAGAGACCUUGGCCCGACUUAUGGUCUACCGGCGGGAGGGACUCCCUGAGCCCAGCGAUGCUACCCACCUAUUCUCAGGCAGGACCUUCCAGAACGCCAGAAGUGGUACAGCUUAUGUCGGGGGCAUCUGCUCCCAGUCUAGGGGAGGUGGCGUCAAUGAGUACGGGACUGUGGCGUAUGUGGCAGUGACACUGGCUCAGACCCUGGGACAGAAUCUGGGCAUGAUGUGGAACAAACACCGAAGUUCAGCAGGCGAGUGCAAGUGUCCGGACACCUGGCAGGGCUGCAUGAUGGAGGACACGGGGCAUUACCUGCCCCAGAAGUUCUCGCGCUGUAGCGUGGAGGAGUACAGCCAGUUUCUGCAGGAGGGAGGCGGCAGCUGCCUUUUCAACAAGCCCCUCAAGGUAGCCAACGCGCCCCUCCCCCCGCUCCCCCCCAUCCAACCGGACCCUGAAGUCUGGAGCCCGGGCCCCUCCCCGCCCCCUCCCUCCGCUGGGGUGAACCGAGCCCAGGAGUGGGAAAAGGGCGGACCCCGAAGGAGGAAGGCUGGACCAGGGGGCAGGCGGGGACUGGAGGGCCGGGGCUGGGAGGUGGGAGGGGGCGGGGCCUGGCGCGGGCCAGGAGGAGGAAUGGGAGCUCGGAGAAAACGAAGGGGCGCGAAUUUAGGGUUGGGCCGAGCGGGUGGGUGGGGGCCGAUCUGGAGCUGGACCCGCGCCAUCGGCCGGGAACAGAGGAGGGUUCACCUAGGGUCGUGUCCUCCCUCCCCUUCCCAGUACGAGCCCAGGGGCGUGUCCUGCCGGGAGGCCGUGAAUGAAUGUGACAUCGCGGAGACCUGCACGGGGGACUCCAGCCAGUGCCCCCCCAACCUGCACAAGCUGGACGGUUACUACUGUGAGCAGGAACAGGGUCGCUGCUACGGAGGACGCUGCAAAACCAGGGACAAGCAGUGCCGGGCACUCUGGGGCCACAAUGCUGCUGACCGCUACUGUUAUGAGCGACUGAACGUGGAGGGGACAGAACGAGGAAACUGUGGGCGAAAGGGCUCUGGCUGGGUCCAGUGUAGUAAGCAGGACGUGCUCUGUGGAUUUCUUCUUUGUGUCAACAUCUCCGGUGGGCCUCGGCUAGGAGACCUGGGUGGGGACAUCAGCAGUAUCACCUUCUACCACCAGGGCAGGGAGCUUGACUGCAGGGGAGGCCAUGUGGAACUAGCAGAUGGCUCAGACUUGAGCUAUGUGGAGGACGGCACUCCAUGUGGCCCCAACAUGCUCUGCCUGGAUCAUCAUUGUCUCCCAGCUUCGGCCUUCAACUUCAGCAGCUGCCCUGGCAGCGCAGGCCGCAGGAUCUGCUCUGACCACGGGGUUUGUAGCAAUGAGGGGAAAUGCAUCUGUCAGCCAGACUGGACAGGCAAAGAUUGCAGUGUCUACAACCCAAUGCCCACCUCUCCACCCACAGAAGAGACUGAGAAAUACAAAGGUCCCAGCGGCACCAACAUCAUCAUCGGCUCCAUCGCAGGGGCUGUGUUGGUCGCAGCCAUCGUUCUGGGCGGCACUGGCUGGGGAUUUAAAAACAUUCGCCGAGGAAGGUAUGACCCGACCCAGCAGGGGGCAGUGUGAUGACAUCUCCCCAUCCCACUCCCAUCCGCAUCCGCAUCCACAUCCACAUCCGUCUCCAUCUCCAUCAUCAGCCUCCAUCCUGACCUCUCCAUCGGGCACAGACCUGAGCUCACCACCUGCCACGCCUGUUCCCUUUGGGGGAGGGGUGCUAGGGCCGGUGCUCAUUGCAGCCUGCCUGCCUUGGAUCGGGCUUUGCUCUUGGCUUCUCCACCUGCUUCCCCACUGAAAGGGGCACUUUGUGGGUCAUCCCUUUCCACCACCAGCUCUCCACAGCCCCCACUGCAGACUCAGCCCCUGAAAUAUUCAGGGACUUGGACCUCCUUAACCUCUGUCCUUCAGCAAUAAAUAACCGCAGCACUGGUCCCCCAGGGAGGGGGAAAUGCAGGUCCACAAUCCACCCGUCCCCCCAUCCCAUCUGUCAUGUCUUCCAUAUCAUCCAGUGUCUGACCUCCCUGCUCCUCCUCCCUGUUAGCCUCUCAUGCAUUCCUAACUUUCUCUUCAACCUCUAUGGAUUGUCAUGGUGACAGACAGGUCCUACUUAAGGAGCAGAUGUUCAGACAUCUGGGGUGGUGGUUGGGGGAAGAAGGCUCUGUUUUAGCUUUAUUUGCUUUAGCACCCUCCUUUCCUCCCAUCAUCUUGGGGGGUAGGUGUGGGGGUGGGGAGGGACUCCCAGCCUGGGAUUGCCCUUCCUUCCUCCUUGCCCAUCAGCAGUCUGGCUGUUUCUGCGCUCAGCCCAUCCCCCCCACGCUCUCUGGUUCCUUGUUUUUCUUGCAGGUCGGGUGGGGCGUAACCUCCUCUCCACCCCCUGCCUGGCGCUCACAGUCACCACCUGGAAGGGCAAAGGACCCAGCUGCCCUCAGCCCACCCACCGAGGAGCCAUGCCAUGCAAAAGUCUUCCCGGGGCCAAGGAAUCACACAGGCUCCCAAAGGGACAUCUUGGUGGGGAGGGUCCCUGGGCCAGAGGGGCUACGGCUCCAUCCCCCACACUACUACUACUGAGAGUGGGUGGGCCGGAGUGUGCACCCUGCCCCCCCUCUUCCACCUCAUGCCCAGCUUUGCCUUGUGUGCACUCAGCCCCUCCCUGUGUGAAUGUAGCUUCCAUCAUCACUGACUGUGCCCAGGCUGGGACUACGGGCCAGAGGGCAUCAGUGAGGGAGGGGGUCGCCCACCAGCUGACACUGCACUACGGCCCUGGGGCACCUUGGCCGACCCUGCCUGCAAGACUGGUCCAGUCGAUCAACUACCAGGUCCCAGGGCUUCCACGCUCAGCCUUCCGGGGCUGGGGGAAUCACCUGCUCUUUGCCCCCGGCUCUGGCUUCCUCACUCUCCCAGCCAGAGCCUGGAGGUGGUUUAAGAUGUCUGAUUUUUUUUUUUUUAUUGAGAACUAAAUGAUGAAUGUAACCACAAGGUUGGCAGGGACCAGGGUAGCUUUUAAGGGCAUUCUGGCAUUCAGGGGGAGAAGGAAGAAAAAAAGGAGACAUAGGAACUCUCCCUUCCCUUUGAUGGGAUCAAAAUCCUAACUACAGAACAUACAUUUUCCCCAAACCUAAGGAGGAGUUUGGGGAGCAAUCCUUACUUCUGUCUAUCACCAGUCCAGGCCGGAGCUUCCCCAGCCCUACCGAAACCCAGGACAGGCCUGAGUGUUGAAUUUAAACCAAAGUUGCCUGGUUCUGUGGCCAUGACCCCAGAAUGUCAGUGAGGGCCAGGGACUGGACUGGCAAUCCCAGGGAGGAAUACGGCAUGAGCUAUUUCCUUAUGGGCAGUUCUGGGACUAACUCAGGGUUUGAGGGCCCAUCGGGGUGACCUUAGAUGUUGGAGGCUGCCGAACCUCUCCCCCGGUAGUAGGGACGGGGUCCGAGGUAUUCUUCUGUGAUUGGUGCUAUGGUGGGUGUUGGGGUAAUGGGGAAGGAAAGCGCAGGUCCCCAUAGCAAUCUGCAAUCCCAAGACAGGGCUUCAAGAAUACUUCCCAGAUACUCAAUUUAAACUCCCUUUCCUUCCUCCACCCCAACCCAAGGUCUGAGCAGUGUUUACAUAGGUUUUUGCUGCUGCCUCUCACCCCCACCCUUUGAACCCCAAAUGGAAGACGUCUCUCCAUCUGGGGGAGAGACCCCCGGGGCUCUUCCGGACAAUCACCUUGUCUCUGGGCUUCCUCUAUGAACUUGGGCGCAGAGCCGAAGAGACUGAGUGGGGAGGGAACCCAUCCUGCUCCCUCUCUCCUCGUUUAAAUCUGUUCGGCCGGGAUGUGUGAGAAGGGAGACAAAAGGCCUGUCUCCCUUCUCCACAGCCGAUAGCGCUCCUUUCGCUCCUUUUCCUGAUGAAAGCUGCUGCUUUCUGCCCCUUCCACGUAUUCCCUCCAGCCCAAGCUCCCCCAACUGGGGCAACUCUGGGGAGGACUCAGGGGGUGGGCUGCAUCCCCUCGCCUCCCCAAACCUCACCUCAGGUGCUAGCUGGGGGGGCCUGGGGCUGCUACACUUUGAUUCCUUCUAAGUAGCUGUGGGAAGCCUGGCGGCCCCAGCCACCGGCGGGGCGGGUUCUGGCUGCUCCGCCCGAGGCAGGGUGUCCUCCCAUUGGCGAGCCCUGCCCCAAGCACACCUGCCUGCUGCCCGGAGAAGCUAAAGCGGGUCUGGGGAUGCCUUACGGAGCGCCCCCGGGGGCCGCCCGCGUUGGGGGCACACACCUGGGCAUCAGCUUAUGGCUUUGCACCUCUGCACAAACGUGCCUCGGGGUGUGCCAGUGGGUGAGUGCGGCUGGGGAAGGGGGAGGAACACCCACCACCUUGUGUGUAAGCCCGAGGCUCUCAGCCAUCGUGACCUCUCAUCCCACUGCCUGCCCCCGGAGCCCCCCAGCCUGGGUCAGAGGCUGCAGACUCCCUGAGGGCGGUGGUCUCCGUGCAGCAUCCUGUAAAUACACCAUUUUGGGGGGAAGGGGAAGAGAGGGAAAUAAAGGUCACAUCCUGGGGCUUCCAUGGAGCUCACACUCACA